CAUACAAUAUCACACAGUCAAACCAAACAAUAAAAAUAUUAUUAAACAACAACAAACGAUACAUUCUAUCCAAACAUUAUAUUCAUUAAUAUAGUACAAUACAAUAUGAUAUUAUACAUUAUGAAACCAUAGGUAACGAAAUUAAAAUGACUCUGUACAAAAUUAAACCAAGAAAUUUUACAAAAAAAAAAAAAAAAAAAAAAAAAAAAAACAGAGAAAGUAUACAACAAAUUUCACGACAAAACGAGAAAUUAAACUAAAAACUUAAGAAAUAAAUUAUUUACCCUAUGAUCAGUGACGCCUGGGAAGGGCAGACUUAUGUGAAUCCAGGUCGAUCUUAUUAGCAGAGACAUUUCCACUUGUGUUGCAGCAAUAUUUAAUGGUCUCUGUUGAUAGUGAAGUUCGGUGGAUUGAUCUGAUCGGCAACCAAUUGAUUGAGGUAUGUUGAUUUUAUGUUAAAAUAGUCGAGACUUUGUACUACUUUAAGCAUAUUAAUUUUGAUAUAGUAGAGGUGAAAGCUGUUAAAAGAUGAAGGAGCGAAUGGGGAGAGGAAAAUUUCUGAUAAGAAGAAUUGACAAGUCGACAAGUAGGCAGGUGGCGCUUUCGAAGAGAAAAAAGCAGAUUACUGAAGAAAGCCCAAGAACUAGCAGUCCCCUGUGAUGCUGAAGUUGGAUUUAUCAUCUUUCUCUAGUACUAGCAGACUAUGAGUUUGCGAGUUCAAGGUAGCUUCCUAAACAAAAAGAAUAUGGCUUUUCUUCUCUAAUUUCAUAUUUAAAACUUGUGUGUUUAGUGGAUGGUGUAUAAGUAAUUUUAUGAGGUGCUAGCAGAUUAAUCAAUAUAACAUUGCUUGUCUGGAAAACCUUUGUUCUUUAAGAAUCUCAUUGUACUAGUAUAGUAUCUUAAUUAUGAUUCUUCCUCGUUUAGUUUCACGUAGUAUCAUAUAUGUGAAAUUAAGGAAUCAUUUUCUUCUGCAUAGUGAAAAUGUAGCGGAAUUCACAUGGCAGACCGUUCUCUAUAAUAAACAAUAAGGUCCUAUCUUAGUUCUUCUCCCUUCCUUUACCUCAUAUUCUUAAUUUAUGGACAAACACUACUUGACAUAAGCACAUGCUGCAUCAUAACCCUUGUCCCUGGUCUCCUCUUGAGUCCUUAGAAUCGCAGAAAAUGCAUUGCCUUUUUCUACUGUCCAUUAUUUUCCUACAUGUGAAUAUGGACAUAUAUAUCACUUAACAGUUAUUUUAGAAUGUGGUGAUUGGGGAAGAAGGAAAGGAUACUUCAGAUUCGAGAACAUGUGGUUUGAACAUAAAGACUUAAUUGACUUGAUCAAGAACUGGUGGGAUUCAUAUGCUGUUGUAGGGGAACCUUCUGUGAUCCUUGCAAAAAAACUGAUUUUGCUGAAAGAAGACCUAAAAAAGUUGAACAGGGAGGUGUAUGGAAAGUUGGAAGAAAGAAAAAAUAAAGCAUUGGCUAGAUUGGAGGAGCUAGGUCAUAACAGAAGGAAUUUCUCCUGAAAACCAAGCAGAAUUUGAGGCAGAAAGUGUCAAGAAGGAACCGGAAGAUGUGGCAAAGGCCGAAGAAAUCUCUUGGAUACAGCAAUCUAGAUGCUUGUGGACUGAACAAGGAGAAAAAAACACUAAAUUAUUUCAUAAACAGGCCAAUGCUCACAAAAGAUUUAAUAGCAUUGAUAAAUUAGUUAUUGGAGAAGAUUUAGUGGACGGCGAGUAGAUCAUUGAAGUCCAUAUCUUGGACUUAAAUAAAAAUCUGUUUAGUGAAUCUGAAUAUUGGAGGCCCAACUGGGAGGAUGAUAGUGUUAAGUGGCUGUGAAAUGAAGAAAAGGAAGGGAUAGAAAGGCCUUUCACUAUGGAGGAACUAGAAGAGGUUAUAAAAUCUUCCAAAGGUGAAAAGGCCCCUGGACCUGAUGGUUUCAACCUGUCUUUCUUUCAGAAAUGUUGGGUAUUGUUAAACUGGAUAUUUUGAGAGCAGUGGAUGCUUUCUACAAGAAGGGAUCUUUUGUCAAAAGCGUGAACUCCACAUUCAUUGCUCUAAUCCCUAAAAAGAAAGGAGCAGUGGAGGUUAAAGGCUUCAGACCUAUUAGCCUUCUGGGGAGUGUGUCCAAAAUCAUAUCCAAACUACUAGCAGAAAGACUUAAGAAAGUUAUCAGUAAUUUAUUUAAUUUUUUUGGUUAACAGUUAUCAGUAAUUUGAUUUCUCCUAAUCAGAGUGCUUUUUAUCAAAGGAAGGCAAAUUAUUGAGUGUCUCUUUUUAUAUUUAGUAAGUUGACAAUUUAAACAUGACAAGUUUAAAAACCACAAGAUUCAAAGAACGUUUUAAUACAUUAAACACAUCUUUAAUUUAGAAUCACAAGAUUUAAAAAUCUCUUUUUAUUUUUUAAACUUUGUAUCCAAUCAAACUAAGAUACUUGAAUUAGGACCGAGGGAGUAAUAACUAUUGAUCUUAAUAGUGAUGAUUACAGGGAACUUUCACACCAUGAAUCUCUUGAUGACGAGUGCAUAUGCCAUGGAAUUGAAUAUUCUUUACUUUUAGUUAGAGAAACGGAUGCUUGAUUAUUCAUGAAAGGUCAUUCAAUGUUAAAAAAUAAGGAACAAAUGUUUCAAUCAGAAAAUAUGUAGAAUAUGAAAUUGAUCAAAGAAAUUAAAGUUGUUGAGAUAUGUGACAGUGUCAAAUCGUCUAAUUUAUGUUAGAAUAUUCUUAAUUUCUUAGUUUUCACUAGGAUUUACAUUUUUGUUAUUUUAAUAUUCGGAUAUUAGAAAAGACAUUUGUAAGCUUAAUGAGGUUAUUCAUGGCGCGGGCAAAUUAUCUAGUUUUUUUUUUUUUUCAGUUACCUAGUUUUUAAUAAUCACGAUAACUUCUAAAAAAAAAAAUAGACAGGAAGGAGCAUUAGUCAAAAAUUUAUUUUGGGAAAGAGUUAUAGGAUAAGGAAAGGUGUCAGCCUGUCAGCAAAUUGGAUUCCUAGUACUCUAUGAAGUUUGGCUUCUGUCCUCAGAAUCCAACCAUAACAGGGAUCUCUCUCAAGUACAGUAUAUAUACGGUUGGCCAGGGCUUGUACCUCUCAACUUGAGAAGAUUCCCUUGAGACCAAGAUCAUAAAGCAAUUAAGCACAAGGAUGUCGAAUUGGUCGGAGCUUCAGUAUGAUCUGCUGGUUCUAAUAGGUACACAUAUAAAUCUGAUUGAGGACUAUCUAAAUUACGCGGCUGUCUGCAAAUCUUGGCGAUGUGCCGCCACCAAGGACAAUUUCAACAGCGACCUGCCUAGAAUUCCUUGGCUAAUGUUAGCAGAGGAAGAGGAUAACAAGGAUGAUGGCAAUUCAUGUCGAAAAUUCUUCAGCCUCUACAAUGGCAUGAUUUUGAAGAAGAGGAUUCCGAAAGCCAGCGGAAAAAGGUGUAUGGAGUCUAUGGGAUGGCUUAUCACAGUCGGACAAGAUGAGAGUGCCAGUCUGCUACAUCCCUUCUCCGGUGUUCAAAUCGAAUUGCCCCAUCCAAAUACCACCGAGGAUUAUGAACGCCACCGGAUAGGCGAACCAUGGAAUUUUUUUCACAAGGCCGUUUUAUCAGCCAGUCCUUCUCAUACAUCAGACUACGUUCUCAUGGUCAUUGAGGGAAAUAUGAAAUUCGUCAGUUUUUGGAGGCCAGGAGACUUGAGAUGGACCAGGAUUAACUACAGAAACUAUUAUCAUAUACAUCGUGAUAUAAUUUAUUGUACUGGAAAAUUUUAUGCAGUUGAUUGUAAUGGCGUCGUGCUAGUCUAUGAUGUUACCAAUUCUAGUCCCACUCAAAUAUUAGCAGAGUUACCAGAGCAUCACGGGGGAGACCAGUGCUAUAUCCUAGAAUCAAUGGGAUCAUUAUUUGUAGUUGUGCGAUACGGAGUAAAAUUUAGGCCCAUCAAAGGAGGCAGCGACAGGAUUCCGCUAACACCAAUGUUUGAUGAUGAAGAAACUUAUGGGACAACGAGUUUUGGAGUUUUCGAGGUCGAUUUAGCUGCUGAAAAAUUGAAUGAAACCAAGGAAUUAGGGGACAGAGCUCUUUUUUUGGGUGCUAAUACAUCUCUCUCAGUCCAAGCUUCUCAAUUUCCUGGAGUCAAGCCCAAUCAUAUUUAUUAUACGGAUGAUUAUUGGGAAUCAUAUCUCCACUAUGUAGAAGGUGGCGGCUUGGAUAUGGGUGUUUUUAACUUAGCAAAUGGCAGCUUCGAGCCUCACUACAACGGUGUUUCCCUCAGCCGUUUUUGUCCACCAAUUUGGGUCACUCCAACCCUGUAUUGAUCCGUACUGCUUUCAUUUUAUAUUAAGUAUUUGGAGAAUGUUUCUUAAUUUAUUUUACGCUUAACCCUUUUCCUUGUUGACCUCCAUAAGGUAUCUGUUUAGAUUUAUAAUAAGUAUGGGAUUGAAAUUGAGUUGAAUGCAUCUUAAUUAAUUUGAGCUCCGUGAGGCAUCUGUUUAGAUUUAUAGUAAGUACGGAAUUGAAAUUGAGUUGUAAUUGGUUAGCGAUAAGAAGAGAUGAAGGGUGAGAGGGUUGAAGCAGUUUUUGGCUGCCUCAUAAUAAACAUCGCACAAGGAUAUAUAUUUGCCAAGUCAUCUGGUGUUCAUGCUGUAUUGUCUAUCCUAAUCUAUGUAUGGCGCAAAGAUAUAUAUAUGCCAAGUCAUCUGGUGUUCAUGCUCUAACGUUGUUUCCUUCAGUCGUGUUUGUCCGCCAAUUUGGGUCACUCGAACCCUGGAUUGAUCCGUAUUGCUUUCAUUUUAUAUUAUGUAUUUGGAGAAUGUUUCAUUA